AUGCAAAAAAAUUCUCCGUUUUAUCAUGUAUUGAAUACAGUGGUUGUGAAUAAUGCAACUGCGUCGGCAGCAGCAACAACAGCAUCUAAUAACGGUAAUAUUGCUGGUCCCAGUGAUCGCCGUCAUUAUCAUCAUCGUGAUACGAAUGAUAAAAUGUUAAAAUAUACUAAAGAGAAUCAUCAACCAGAAGAAGAAGUUAAACAAUCUGAUGAGUAUUCCAGUCUACCAGAUAAUUUAAAAAUGAUAAUUAGUAAAACUUGGGCAUCAUGUAGUGAUGAGGAUACAGAGAAUAUUCCACCACCGGUGAUGAAGCCAAUAUCAGAUAAUACGCAUAAGACGCAUAUGCAGCCCAAUACUAUAACGUCUGCUGCGAAUACACCGAUUGUUUGCACUUGCCAACCGAAUAAAGAUAUCCUUACGACAGCAACACAAUUACCAACAAUUUCUACGACUAGUCCAGAUUCUGGUUUGGGUUAUGAACAUCAUUUGGUUCCUCGUGAUCGAGUAGUUCCCCGUGAAACAGUUAGACAACCGUUCAUGCUGAGACAACACAACCACCACCAACAACAACAACCACAACCUUGCAUUCAAGCAUCAGUUAUACCGAAACCAAGACCUUUAGUACGACAGAAAGAGGAUAUUGAUGCAAAUUUAUUCUUAUUUUUUCCACCAACAUUAUUAACAUCGUCAACAUCAUCAACAACGUUGAAAAGUGUCAACGGUACUGGAGACAGUAUUAACAUUCAUAAUAAUAAUAAUCAGGUGAUUCCAACAAUAUCAUCACAACAGAUGACUUCAUCAGCCUUCAGCAGUACAUCGACAGCAACAAUAAACACGAGUAUAUCAAAUGCUAAUUAUCAUCAUCAUAAUAAUAGUAAUAAUGAUAAUAUUAAAUCAACUCAAGCACCUGUGCGUCAUCCAUUCAAACGUAAACAAGAUGCUAUUUAUAAUGCCCGGUAUAAAACACAACCAUGUGUACACUAUCAAAAGUAUAAACAUUGUCCAUUGGGGGAUAAUUGUCAUUUUGCACAUGGUCCAGAAGACUUGAAACAUCCACAAUCUCAUCCAAAAUAUCGUACAAGAAUUUGUACAAAUUACUCUGAGACUGGUGAUUGUCCAUUUGGAAAUAAUUGUUACUUUUUACACAAGUUACCAACAGUCACACCGUUAUAUCACCAUCAAUUGCAGAUUAGUAAUAAUAAUAAUAAUCAUGAUCCUGUGAAUACAACAAUCAAUCAUUGGAAUGGACAAUCGUUCACUGGGCAGCAGCAGAUGAUUAUGGCAAAUAUCCAUAACAAUGUGAAUGGUAGCCGUGCAAUUAUUGAUUCUGUAUUACUUCGCCCAUAUUUAAGGCAAGUUGCUAUUUGA